CGAGAUCUCGCGGUUGGCGCCGGCGCCGUGAGAAGCGGCCAAUGGAGUGAAGGGGGCGGGGCCUGGCCGGGCUGGUGGCGGGAAGUGCGGAGCUGAGGGGUGAAUUGGCGCGAGAGGGGCCGCAGCCAUGUCCGCCGCCCGCCCGCAGCUCCAACCCACCAUCGCGUUCCCCCGGCGGAGAAGCGCCCGCUGUGCCGCCAAGAUCCCCCCGGCCGCCCCCGGCCCCACAGACCCCGCCGUUCUCCGCCUGUCGCCGCCGUCCCCGCGGGGCUCAGCGCUGCCCCUCAGCCCCCGCAAACGCCUGGGCGAUGACAACCUGUGCAACGUGCCCCACGUCACGCCGUGCUCCCCGGCCAAGCGCUGCAAGGAGAACCGCGGCUGCAGGGCGCUGUUCGGGGACCCCGCGGCCUCCCCAGCAAAGCAGAACAGCCCGGGACCGGCCAACCCACAGCACAGGCAGGAGACACCGCAGGGCUCGAGACGCAGCUCAGGGCCGACCCGCAGCCUCUUCAGGCAGGAAGGAACAUGUUACCAACAGGCCAAGCGGGUGCUGCACGUGGCGGUGCCCGAGCGCCUGCAUGGCCGUGAGCGGGAGGUGGGCACCAUCCGGCAGUUCCUGCGGGACCACCUGGCUGCACGGCGCCCCGGCAGCCUGUACAUCGCAGGAGCACCCGGCACCGGGAAAACAGCCUGUGUGAGCUGCGUGCUGCGGGACGGAGGGGACGAGCUGUCGGGCAGCCGCAGCGCGGUGCUGAACUGCAUGGCACUGAGCAGUGCACACGCCGUGUUCCCUGCGGUGGCGGAGCAGCUGGGGCUGCCCACGGCCGGGGCAGGCGGCAGGGAGCUGGUACGGCGACUGGAGCGGCAACUGACGGCCAAAGGACCCAUGUUGCUGCUGGUGCUGGAUGAGAUGGACCAGCUGGGCAGCAGGGCACAGGACGUGCUCUACACCAUCUUCGAGUGGCCACGGCUGCCCGGCUCCCGCCUGGUCCUCAUUGGGUUGGCCAACGCACUGGACCUCACCGAGCGCCUGCUGGCCCGUCUGCACGCCCCCCCACUGCCCGCCCCACACCUGCUGCGCUUCGCCCCAUACAGCCGAGAGCAGCUGGGUGCCAUCCUGCACGGCCGCCUCCAGCAGCUGCAGGGUGGCCCCGUCCUCGAGCCCAGCGCCCUGCAGUUCUGUGCACGGAAGGUCUCUGCUGUGUCCGGUGAUGCACGUAAAGCACUCGAUGUCUGCAGGCGCGCUGUGGAGCUGGUGGAGCUGGACGUGCGGAGCCAAACGCUGCUUCAACCACUGCCUGGGGGUGACCCCACAGCGGCGCCGUGCCCCGUCCCCAAGAGAGUGGGGCUCCCGCAGGUGUCCCGCGUCCUCUCGGAGGUGUUUGGGGACAGGAUGGCACCGUGCAGCCCUGGGGCUGGCGACGCAUUCCCACUGCAGCAGAAGGUCCUGGUGUGUUCCCUGCUGCUGCUCACCCGGCACCUGCGCACACGCCAGGUCACCCUGGGCAAGCUCCACGACGCUUACAGCCGCGUGUGCCGGCGGCAGCAGCUCCCUGCAGUGGACCAGGCUGAGUGUCUGUCCCUGGUCACCCUGCUGGAGUCCCGUGGGGUGCUGGAGCUGAAGCGCGCCAAGGACACUCGCCUCACCAAGGUGUCCCUGAAGGUGGAGGAGGAGGAGGCGCAGCACGCGCUGCAGGACGCCACGCUGGUGGGCAGCAUCCUGGCUCGGGGGCUGCUCUAAGCCCCAUCCAGCCCCAUGGACACUCGGUGGCAGCGCUGUGGUUUGGUGGCCCCAUGGCAGCACGGUGGCACUGCAGACGCUCGACUCAGUUCCCAGCCUGGAGCCAAUAUCGUAUGCAGUUUUAUCAUUAUUAUUUUAUUAAUUGUUGUUAAUGGGAGGGUGGUGCCUGCUGCAGCCCCCUGUGCCCCCCCAGCUUUGGUGCAUUCCCCCCGCUGCAUGUGGGGAUGGCUCUGUUGGAGCUGUGCAGGGACCCCAAUGUGGGGGGGAUACCUGGGGGUCCCCCAAUCUCCUGGCCCUAAUAAAGUCCUCCUUCAUUGUGCUGCU